AUGAGUGAACUGCAUGAUCAGAUCAUCUUUUGGGAAGAGGGUGGCAAACACCUUGAUUUCCUCGCUGAGCGGGGUCACCUUGUGGUCAAAGUUGAGGAACAUGGCAGCCUUUCCGAUCAAGGCGGUGAAGGUCAUGAGGACGUAGGUUUGUCCAAGACAUCUGUGCACACCGGUUCCAAACACAAGCCAAUUCUUUGGAGCGUCCCAUGCUGGUGCUCCCUCGACCCAUCUUUCUGGAAUGAACUCGUCUGGGUUCUCGUAGACUUCAGGGUCGUGCAGAGCAGGAUACACGGUUGGAAUCACCAUGGCUCCCUUUGGCACAGUGUAGUUUUCGCUGAUUGGGUAUGCCUUCUUGGUGACGUGCGGAACCAUGAUCACCGGUGGUCUAUAUCUGAGGGUCUCUCUGACGACCAUGUUGGUGUACUUCAUCUGGUCAAUUAA